UUUGAAAGUCAGUGUAGGAGCACUAAAAUGUCAAAAUUUGUGAAUGUGAGUCUGACUGACUGCUAUAGAGCUCAUAGUUGUUACCGCCCCCCGGUCUUCAUUUGCAUUCGGCACUGCAAAGCCUCCCCACCUACCAACCAGGUAUAGAGUACAUUCCAGUAUCACAAGAUUGGCGAUUGUUAACAAAUGGCAGUGGUUGCAUCUGCUCCUGGGAAGGUUUUGAUGACUGGGGGAUACCUUAUUUUGGAGAGGCCCAAUGCUGGGAUUGUACUGAGUACAAAUGCUCGCUUUUACGCAAUUGUAAAGCCACUUUAUGAGGAAACUAAACCUGAAAGUUGGGCAUGGGCAUGGACAGAUGUGAAACUGACCUCUCCUCAGAUGGCAAGAGAAUCUAUGUACAAAUUGUCCAUCAAGCAUCUGCUGCUAGAGUGUGUAUCUUCAAGUGACUCAAGAAACCCAUUUGUAGAAUAUGCAUUGCAAUAUGCUAUAGCAGCCACACAUGCCAGAUUUGACAAAACUAAGAAAGAGGAGUUACAGAAACUUCUGUUGCUAGGCCUUGAUAUUACGAUAUUAGGCUGCAAUGAAUUCUAUUCAUAUAGGAAUCAGAUUGAAGCACGUGGUCUGUCGUUGACUCCAGAGUCAUUGGCUUCACUUCCACCUUUUACUUCGAUUACCUUCAAUGCGGAAGAAUCUAGUGGAACAAAAAACAAACCUGAAGUUGCAAAAACUGGAUUGGGCUCGUCAGCAGCCAUGACAACUGCAGUUGUUGCUGCUUUGCUUCAUUAUCUUGGAGUAGUCAAUCUUCCCUCAGUGGUCAAUGGUCAUCUUGAAGGCAAUAAAGUUUCUGAGGAACUGGAUGUUGUGCAUAUCAUUGCUCAGACCGCUCAUUGUAUAGCACAGGGUAAAGUUGGUAGUGGUUUUGACGUGAGUUCUGCUGUUUAUGGCAGUCAGCGGUAUGUCAGAUUUUCACCAGAAGUACUUUCUUCUGCUCAGGAUUCUGUUCAAGGGACAUCAAUCGAAGAGGCCAUAGGUGAUGUGCUAAAAGCCAACUGGGAUCACGAGAGGACUAAAUUUUCAUUGCCUCCAAUGAUGACAUUAUUACUUGGAGAACCUGGAACUGGGGGAUCAUCAACACCAUCAAUGGUUGGUGCUGUAAAGAAGUGGCAAAAGUCUGACCCUCAGAACUCUCUCGAAACAUGGAAGAAGUUGUCAGAAGCAAAUUCUGCACUUGAAAUGCACCUCAACACCUUAAGCAAACUGGCAGAAAUAAAUUAUGAUGCGUAUAGAAGUGCCAUCAACAACUGCAGCAUGCAUACAUCAGAAAAGUGGACAGAGGUAGCUGUCGAACCGAACGAAACAGAAGUGGUUAAAGCACUAUUAGGAGCUAGAGAUGCCAUGCUUGUUAUCAGAUAUAACAUGCGGAAGAUGGGCGAGGCUGCCGGAAUUCCUAUAGAACCAGAAUCACAAACUCAACUGCUGGACACCACAAUGAACACGGAAGGAGUGCUCUUGGCUGGCGUUCCUGGUGCAGGCGGGUUCGACGCAGUCUUUGCCAUCACCUUGGGGGCUUCAAGCAGCAAUGUGAUCAAAGUUUGGAGUUCCCUCAAUGUUCUCGCCUUGCUAGUGAGAGAGGACCCACGUGGCGUCUGCUUAGAAAACAGUGACCCACGAGCUGCAGAAGUUACAGGUGCUGUUUCCUCAAUUUAUAUUGAGUAAACAUAAAAAAUACUAGUACUACAUGGACAGACAAUUGCACCAAAGCAACGUGAAGUAUCCUGAUACAGUUUCCUACUGAUUAUUGAGAAAGCAAAAAAUUCUAUUUAGUGCAAGAAAAUAAGGAAAAUGUUGUCUGUUGUAUUUGUUUCCAAGAAUGUAUUUUACAGAAUAAAUCUCUUUCAGCCAUUUGUUUGAUAUCCAAAUCUGAUUGAUAGAGGGGCA